AUGCUUCCCGACAAACCUCUCGGCCCCGAGACCGACACAUCACUUCCCACGACGGACAAGAGACCAUCUUCGUUCAACACUUCAAUCACCGAUGUUGCGAACAGCAACAACUACGACGAGGGAGAAGAGCACGUCCAUGAUGAAGUGCUCCAGCUCGCCAGGAGGUUGACGACCCAGUCUCAACACGGCGGCGCUUUACCCUCCCUCUUCCCCCUUCCCCAGGAAGGGCCUCUCGACCCCAACAGCCCGCAGUUUAAUGCAAAGCAAUGGGCCAAGGCCUUCUUCAAAGCCAGGACCGAGUCGCUCGAGGGGAACCCACCCAAGACAACAGGAGUCGCCUUCAAGAACCUCAGCGUUUACGGGUUCGGCUCCGACACCGAUUUCCAGAAGACGGUUGGGAACAUCGUGCUGGAGGCUGGCACGAUGGUGAAGAAGCUGUUCCGCAGUAAGCUUCUCCGCGGGAAGCAGCAACGGGUUGACAUCCUACACGACCUGGAGGGUGUUGUCCACAGCGGGGAGAUGCUCUGCGUCCUAGGCCCCCCCGGAUCCGGCUGCUCGACGUUCCUUAAGACCAUCGCCGGCGACACCCAUGGCUUCCACAUCGAAGAAUCGUCCUGCCUCAAUUACCAAGGCAUACACCCCGACCAGAUCAAAACUGCAUUCCGUGGCGAAGCUAUAUACACGGCAGAGGUUGACCACCACUUUCCACAACUCUCAGUGGGUGAAACCCUGUCUUUUGCUGCUGCUGCCCGCUGCCCAAAGACUAUCCCUUCUGGAGUCACGCGCAGCGAGUAUAUCGAGCAUCUCCGCGAUGUGACGAUGGCGAUGUUUGGUAUAUCACAUACCAAGAAUACCCGCGUGGGUAAUGAUUUUAUUCGAGGUGUGAGCGGCGGCGAGAGGAAAAGAGUCACGAUCGCCGAGGCAUCCCUCAGUUACUCCCCUUUGCAAUGCUGGGACAAUAGCACACGUGGCCUCGACAGCGCAAACGCGGUAGAAUUCUGCCGAACCUUGAGGACCCAGGCUGACGUUAUGGGUUGCACCUCGUGUGUCGCCAUCUAUCAGGCUCCUCAGGAUGCUUAUGACGUCUUUGAAAAGGUUCUGGUCCUCUACAAGGGUCGGCAAAUCUUCUUUGGCAAAGCAGACAGGGCAAAGGGGUAUUUCGAGGAGCUCGGGUUUGUCUGUUCAGAACAACAAACCACAGCUGACUUCCUGACGUCCAUGACGAGUCCCUCGGAACGCAUCGUCCGCCCAGGCUGGGAGGACAAGACUCCCCGAAGCCCCGAGGAGUUCUCCCAGGCCUGGAAACAGAGCCGAGACCGCGCCCUGCUGCUAGAGGAGAUCGAAGACUAUGUCGAACGACAUCCCUUCCACAGCGAACACUACGACAAGUUCCUCGAAUCGAGACGCAUGGACCAGUCAUCCGCUCAACGCGCAAAAUCUCCAUUCACCUUAUCCUAUCUCCAACAGAUAAGGCUGACCAUGCGGCGGAGCUUUGUCCUGCUCAGGACUGAUCCUAGCCUGCUCAUCACCAUGCUGGUCACCAACUUCCUGCAGGCCAUCAUUGUCAGCAGUAUUUUCUACAACCUGCCCGACACGACCGACUCCUUCCAGCAGCGCGGCGUUCUACUAUUCUUCCUCAUCCUCAUGAACGCCUUCGCUAGUAUCCUAGAGAUCAUCAACCUCUAUGCUAAACGCAAGAUCAUUGAGAAGCAUGCCCGAUACGCCUUAUAUCACCCAAGCGCCGAAGCUUUAUCUUCAAUCGUCGUGGAUUUGCCCUACAAGGUCGUCAAUUGCAUAUUCACGAAUAUCGCCCUAUACUUCAUGGGGAAUCUACGCCGCGAACCAGGAGCCUUCUUCUUCUUCUUAUUGCUCAUCUUCACGACCACCCUAACCAUGUCUAUGCUCUUCCGGCUAAUCGGUUCCGUCACCAAAUCCAUUGAUCAGGCCAUGGCACCGUCUGCAAUCAUCCUGCUCGGCUUGAUCCUAUAUACCGGUUUUACCAUCCCCAUUCAGUAUAUGCGAAGCUGGAUUAGCUGGAGUCGUUGGGCCAACCCACUCUUCUACGGCCUUGAGUCCAUCAUGCUCAACGAGUUUACGGGCAGAGACUUCCCGUGCUCUGCCUAUAUCCCCUUUGGCCCAGCGUACGACGACGUGUCGUCAGGAGGCAGAGCAUGUUCCGCGCAGGGAUCUAUUCCUGGGCAGGACACAGUGAGCGGCACUGCUUUCGUCAAGAUUGCCUACGGAUAUGAUACCGCCCAUAAAUGGCGCAACUUCGGUGUCAUGAUCGCCUUCAUGAUCCUCUACAUGGCACUUCACCUCAUCGCCGCUGAGUACGUUGCAUCUGAGCGGUCCAAAGGAGAGGUGCUCGUUUAUGUCCGCAAAGCCAUGAAGCACCUCAAGAAGCCAGUUGAAGACAUCGAAAGCGGCCAAGUGACUUCCUCACACCAGCAGACGCACGAUGGGCUUACCUCAGGGACCGAGGUUGAGAAACAAACUUCUGUGUUUCAUUGGAAUGAUAUUUGCUAUGACAUCAAGAUCAAGGGGGAACCUCGACGGAUUCUUGAUCGGGUUGACGGUUGGGUCAAGCCGGGCACCCUCACAGCGCUAAUGGGUUCUUCCGGAGCUGGAAAGACUACGCUUCUCGACGUGCUCGCCAGCCGUGUGACGAUGGGUAUUGUCACAGGCGAAAUGCUUGUCAAUGGCAAGCUCCGGGACGAGUCCUUUCAGCGGAAAACCGGCUACGUUCAGCAACAAGACCUCCAUCUACAUACCUCGACCGUUCGCGAGGCCCUGGCCUUUAGUGCCUUGCUCCGACAACCAUCGCACUACAGUCGGCAAGAGAAGCUCGAUUAUGUGGAAGUAGUCAUUGGGUUGCUUAGCAUGGAAGAAUAUGCCGAUGCUGUCAUCGGCGUGCCCGGCGAAGGCCUCAAUGUCGAGCAGCGUAAGCGACUUACGAUUGGUGUUGAGCUCGCUGCUCGCCCUCAGCUCCUUCUCUUCUUUGAUGAGCCUACCUCGGGCUUAGACAGUCAGACAUCAUGGUCUAUCUGUAACCUGAUGGAGAAGCUAACAAAAAGCGGUCAAGCUAUCCUCUGCACUAUCCAUCAGCCUUCUGCUAUGCUCUUUCAGAGGUUUGAUAGGCUUCUCCUUUUAUCCAAGGGACAAACCAUUUAUUUCGGAGAUAUCGGCAAGGACGCAAACAUACUCGUCGACUAUUUCACGCGUAACGGAGCUCACGACCUUCCCGACAGAUCAAACCCAGCCGAGUACAUGCUUGAAGUCAUUGGCGCAGCCCCCGGCGCGACAACCGAGAUCGAUUGGCCUACGGUUUGGCGGAGCAGUCCUGAGUAUCAGUUGGUCCAGGAGGAGCUUGGAAGGCUUGCGUCUUCAGCAACGUCUGGGCAACCGCGUGAGGAUGCUUCCAUGUACAAGGAGUUUGCAGCGUCUGCCGUGGAGCAGCACACCCAGGUCACGAAGCGUGUCUUUCAACAGUAUUGGAGAAGCCCCACGUACAUCUACUCGAAACUGCUUCUGGCACUGGGCUCGUCAUUAUUCAUUGGCCUCUCCUUCUUGGAUGGAGACAACACGCAACGCGGGCUGCUCAACCAGAUGUUUGGCGUAUUCAUUUUCCUCAGCGUUUUCCCGCAACUGGUCAAUCAGAUCAUGCCUGUCUUUGCUGCCCAGCGUACGAUGUACGAGGCCCGCGAGCGCCCCUCCAAGGCGUACUCUUGGAAGGCAUUCAUGUCUGCAAACAUUGUCGUUGAACUCACCUGGAACUCGCUCAUGUCAGUUUUCUGCUAUGUCUGCUGGUACUAUCCUAUCGGCCUGUACAAGAACGCCGAGUGGACCGAUUCCGUGCACUCACGAGGCAUCACCAUGUUCCUGCACCUCUGGAUCUUUUUCAUGUUUUCCAGCACGUUUGCAAACAUGAUGAUUGCUGGAAUUCCAACCCCUGACAUGGCUGGAGGUGCCAUGAAUCUAUUGCUGAUCAUGAUGUUUACAUUCUGCGGUGUUCUUGCGGGGCCCGAUGCCCUUCCUGGUUUCUGGAUUUUCAUGUACCGCAUCAAUCCCUUCACUUACAUCAUCGAGAGCUUCCUGGGCACCUCUCUAGGCAACGCUCCCAUGUACUGCGAGUCCAACGAGUUUGUGCACUUCACAGCUCCAGACGGUACGACAUGCGGAGAGUACGCUUCCGACUUUUUGGCCCAAGCGGGAGGCUAUCUCGCCGACUCAAAUACGACCGACUGCCAAUACUGCGCCAUGUCUGAGACCAACACAUUCUUGGCCAGCGUCAACGUCAGCUUUGGACAUAGGUGGAGGGACUUUGGGUUCAUGUGGGUGUAUUGUAUCUUUAAUAUCGCCAUGGCCUUUGUUUUUUACUGGUUGGCAAGAGUUCCGAAGAACAAGAAGCCAAAGAAAGAGUAA